AUUGACCAGUUUUGUUUUGACCAAUCGAAUGCCUCCACCACAUUCACAGCAUCGCUGCUUUAUCAAGCACUCGACUUGCCAUGUCGUGCUCGGCGCUGUAUCCGCAGGCUAGGAAGCUCGUGUUUGAGCUGAAAACGCAACUGAACUACUUGGAGUCGUCGCCGUCCAAUUCGGAUGGAACCGGCGGCAGUACGGAGAGCCAGGCGCGAGAGAAUGCAGCGGGCCUCAAAUCUCUGGUGGACCAGUUGGAUUCCCUCGUGUACAACGAAAACCCGAGCAAUCGCGAAAUCUGGGCCAAGAAGGUGCACCAGAUCCGCGAAGAAUACAUGCUGCUCAACACGACGCUUGAGCAGCGCUGCAUCCAGUUUAGCCGAUCGCAGAUCGAGUUCCAAGAGCGGGACAAGCUCAUGUCGCGGCAGCGGCACCAGAACGGCAACGACAUCCACUACCUCUCUCAAGAGCACGACUCCCUCCAUCGCUCGUCGCGAAUGAUUAACGAACUCAACGAUCUCGGCGCCGCCACCAUGUCCAAUCUCAACGACCAGCGAAGUCGACUCAAGGGGGUGCAUCGCAAGGUGUUGGACGUCGCGAGCCACCUCGGAUUGUCUGGCUCGUUGCUGCGCGUAAUCGAGCGGCGGGAAACUGCCGACAAGUGGAUCGUGUAUGGUGGCAUCUUCGUCGUCCUCGGAUUCAUGUACAUUUGCGUGGCAUAUUUGCGAGGUUAAAGUAUGUUCAGAAUAUACUUUCGCCCCAUCCACCUAAGGUGUGUGGACCACUUGAAUGUACCGCCGCAAACACUACACUUUGUAGACCUGGAACCCCUUCAAAGGAAA